GGUGGAGCAGCAGGGAAAAGAGAAGUUGCUCUGGGAGAAGAGGAAAAGCAACUUUUUUUUCUUUUAAGUUGCAAGUUUUUUUUUUCCCUGUUGCAACUCCUGGCUUCCCCAGCUGGAUGCAUCCAGAGCCUGCGCGCCCUCAGACAAAGGAAUUGGGGGCCGGUGGACCAGAGGAUCCAGAGGACCAGGGGGGCCUGGAAGAGGGUCGCUGAGCCCCCCCGCAGACGGAAGGCAUCGGAGGACUUGAAUCCUGCCAGCUUCAGCUUCUCCUGUCCCUCUUUUCUUCUUCUCCUCCUCCUCCAGGCUGCUGGAGCGCACAACUGAAGCUGCUGCAGAAGCUGCAGCUGUUCCUGCUGGGGGAUUGGAAGGGGAAGGGGGGAGAUCAUGGCUCUGUCCUGGAGGAGCUGGGUGGCCAACGAAGGGGUUAAACACCUCUGCCUGCUCAUCUGGCUGUCUGUCAACAUGCUACUUUUCUGGAAAACCUUCCUGCUUUAUUACCAAGGGCCGGAGUAUUAUUACCUGUACCAGAUGUUAGGGCUAGGAUUGUGCCUAAGCAGAGCUUCCGCCUCCGUCCUCAACUUCAACUGCAGCCUCAUUCUGUUACCCAUGUGCCGGACCCUUCUCGCCUUCCUGAGAGGAUCCCAGAAGGUUGCAAGCAGGAAAACAAGAAGAUUAUUGGAUAAAAGCCGGACGUUCCAUAUCACAUGUGGUGUUACAAUCUGCAUCUUUUCAGGAAUGCACGUAGUCGCUCACCUACUCAACGCCCUGCAUUUCUCCAUGAACUACAGUGAAGAUUUUCCAGCACUGAACGCGGCAAGAUAUCGGGAUGAGGAUCCCAGGAAACUCCUCUUCACCACUGUUCCUGGAUUGACAGGAGUCUGCAUGGUGUUGGUGCUAUUUUUAAUGUUUACCGCUUCUACAUACUUUAUAAGGGUUUCUAAUUUUGACAUCUUCUGGUAUACUCACAAUCUCUUCUUUGUAUUCUACAUGCUGCUGCUGAUGCAUGUCUCAGGAGGGCUGCUCAAGUAUCAGACCAACCUAGAGACACAUCCCCCCGGCUGCUUGAAUCCCAACCGAACCCACCACAAGGAUAUUCACCCAGCGGAGCAUUUUUCUCAACGGUUUUCUGAAUACGGCCCCAAGCCUUUCCCAGAAAGAUAUGGGAAAUCAGAACCACUGAUAGAAAAUCGCUUUGCCAAAAUUUGCAUGGAGGAGCCUCAGUUCCAAGCCAAUUUCCCUCAGACAUGGCUGUGGAUUUCCGGACCUUUGUGCCUGUAUUGUGCCGAAAGGCUUUACAGGUGUAUCAGGAGCAAUAAACCGGUGACAAUCAUCUCUGUGAUAAGCCAUCCUUCAAAUGUCAUAGAAGUCAGAAUGAUCAAAGAGAACUUUAAAGCCAGGCCAGGCCAGUACAUUAUUCUGCAUUGUCCAAGAGUGUCUGCAUUAGAAAAUCAUCCAUUUACCCUCACAAUGUGUCCCACAGAAACCAAAUCAACAUUCGGAGUCCAUCUUAAAAUAGUAGGAGACUGGACAGAAAGAUUUCGGGAUUUACUACUUCCUCCUUCUAGUCAGGACUCGGAAAUCCUUCCCUUCAUUCAGCCUAGGAAUUAUCCCAAGGUCUACAUAGAUGGACCAUUUGGAAGUCCUUUUGAGGAAUCGUUGAAUUACGAGGUCAGCCUCUGCGUGGCUGGAGGAAUAGGAGUGACUCCUUUUGCAUCCAUACUCAACACCCUGCUGGAUGACUGGAGACCAUACAAACUGAGAAGACUGUAUUUCAUUUGGGUGUGCAGAGACAUCCAGUCUUUUCGCUGGUUUGCCGACCUGCUCUGUGUGCUGCAUAACAAGCUUUGGCAGGAAAACCGACCUGAUUAUGUGAACAUCCAGCUGUACCUCAGUCAGACCGACGGGAUACAGAAAAUAAUCGGAGAAAAGUACCAGGCCCUGAACUCAAGACUAUUUAUUGGACGACCUAGGUGGAAACUUCUGUUUGAUGAAAUAGCCAAAUGUAACAGAGAGAAAACUGUCGGUGUCUUUUGCUGUGGACCAAAUUCAAUUUCCAAGAUCCUUCACAAACUGAGUAACCAAAACAAUUCCUACGGGACGAGGUUUGAAUACAACAAAGAGUCUUUCAGCUAAAAGUCGUUGGACUCAACCCAGGACUCUAUGGAAGGAAUGAGUGCAAUUUUUUUUAAAGACUUUAAAAGUCAGCCGCAAGUUAACCGAUCAAAGGUGCCAAAGAGUAGAAAGAUUUUUUUUUAUUUAUGAUUAUUUAAAAUGGAACUAUCAGGAAUAUGGCAGAACAACACACGUUGAGGAUUUGAUCUGGAAACCAAAGAGGAUCAGAAGGCUUUCUGAAAGUCAAUCAAUCUGUAACUUGAAUGAAAAGAAAACAGUUAGUGAAUUGCACACUGUUGAUUUGAGGGCAUAUUCAAGAACCACCCCUGAGGAUCUUCAGUCCUCCUUAAAUUACUCCCGGAUGAAGAAAUUCUAGAUUGAUGAAAAUUAAAAACUCAUUGAAAGUCAGAGGACAUUCAUUGCUUGCACAAAAACAAGAUGGCUUUGAACUGGAAAAAAAAAAUAACUCCAGGCAAAUAUAUUAAAUGCUUUAAACACUGCAGCUUAGGGCUCUGAAUAAAUACGGGUACACUGUUUCAAUAAUCAAUCUGCCUCACUACUGUUGUUAAUAACCCUGUUUGAUGUAUGCGUGCAUCCUUUCCUUUAAAGUGUAUCUGCUGAACGAAGACUUUGACUCUAAAUGCAAUGAACAUGCUUAUAUUUUA